ACUUACAUGAACAUGAUUCUUUCUGGAUGGAUUUAUAGGUGGAUAUCGUUUAGUUGUGUGGUUAUUAUUUUAAUCUCUCAUGGUGUGUUUGAAACUGAAUGUGCUAUUUCACCACCUGUUUAUUAUAUGGAGACAGGAGAAGAAAGAUAUUUCAACUUUUCUCCGGGAUUUUAUGAUUCUAACGCGAUCGCCACAGACCCUUCAGACUGCAUAAGCAGCUGCGCUUAUUACACUUACACGCAAUCCGCUGUCGUAAGUGGAACCUACUGCUUUUGUGGGAAUAUUUUGCCACCAGAUACACAGUUGUACGACAUGAAUUGUAUGGACGUAGAGAGAGUAGAUGUUUACAAUGUAUCGCAAGAUGCUUUUAUAGGUCCAUUUGAAAUUACAAUACAAAAUCAGACGGUGAAUCAGGCUGGGAACAAAAUUACACUGAAUUUUGUGAUACCGACGGAAUUUCUAAAUUUACCCGGACCAAAAAUUUAUGAAUUCUACUAUGGAGACACAGUCCAAAUACUAGAGAAUAUAUCAGAUAUUAACGCACCAUUAGAAGUGGUCUAUCAUUCACCAGGAGCGGUAUGGCCAACACUGAAGGCACGAAAUCAAGAUUCAACUGUUCUUUUACGUGUUCAAUGUUCAACUGGUAUUUAUAAUUUUGAACUAAACACGUGUUCAUUGACUAGCAGUGGCAGUGUCGAAUGUGGUGCUGAUCAGGUUUUCUCUGGUUUAGUUCGAGAUUGUGUCAAUGUAUCAGCAACAGAUUGCGGUAGUUUACGAAAUCUUAAAUUGGAUACACCUCAAACAGUUGAAAAUUAUGAUUAUCAAAUAGUAAAUAUUUACACAGCCAAAUCAGUAGCAGUGGGCUGGCAAAGUAUUGUACUGCCUUCAGUAUGGAAUGUCCAGUCAGGUGAUCGAAUAGGAUUUACUAGCACCAUAGAUGGAAGUAUCGGAUGUGCACCUUCUGACACAUAUGAAGCUGACGACUUGGAAAGCUUAACAGUAUUUUCCGGAGUCAAUGGGAGUUCUGUGUUAGGAAGUAACCUAAAACGUUUAACACUAAUGAGACAUCAGAUUGGAGCAUGGAUCAGACCAAUUUAUGAGGCAACACUGAGCGGAAUGAUAAAUGCCUCAUACGGUUUUAAGGUAAUAUCAGUCCAACUAAACAGCUAUUGGGGUGAAAACUUUAUGUCACCGGCAUCUACUCAAACUACUGUCUACAUUGAUGAACCCAUUAAUGAAACGGAAUUGAUAUCAAAUAUAUGUGCUGCAGGAAAAGAAUGUUUAUUAGAACUGAAAGCUCAUACAGGCUUAAAUGCUACUUAUCUUUGGAACUUGGGCGAUGGUACACCGGUAGUGACAACUACAGUCAAGUAUUUAAAAUAUGUAUACACAACUGUGAUGAGCUAUAACUUUACAGUCAACAUAUCCAAUUCUGUUCAGUUCAAGGUGAUUGUACAAAAUGUGACCGUAAUACCACGGCUUGCAUUUAACGAAAUUCAAAGUAGUCAAUUUGCCGCAAAGAAUGAGAUAACCACGAUUACAUUGAAUAUCACUGGAAAAAAUGCUAGCAGAAGUUUGGUACAACAUGUAGUGGAGCGUUUGACAGGACUUACACUUCGGACAAGAAGUUUACCAGUCGCAGUAACUACUCCAAUUGUUUUCGAUUUCAUAACUGGUAGUAAUUUAACAAGUAAUUUGACGUUUAAUGAUCAGAUACUGAAUUCAAACAUUGAUUACACACAAAGAACUAUUACAUCUGACCCAAUAAACAUUCCACAGUCAAUGCUAGGAAAUUACAGCUUGUCACUAAGCAACCAAAUUAAUUCAAAUUCAACCAGUGGUCAAAUAUCAUUCGAUAUUCCACUGCAAGGCAUGUCGUUACAAGUCCAGCCAAACUACGUCAGUCCGUUAGAAAACACAAUUUUUCGUGUUUCCUUCAGACAAGGCACAUCGAUUGUACUAAAUGUUGAUUAUGGAGAUGGACAAAUCAUUCAGCAGUCUGCACCACUGCUUCAGAACUGGCCAACUGACAAUCAGUUAACUAAACAGUACCUAAAUGUCAGCACAUACACUGUAAGAUUUUCAGCAUCUUCAGGGGGUAACACAGAGAACAGAAGCGUAAACGUCUAUGUAAUUGAUAGGAUUGGCAUUUAUUCAGCUACGACAAGUAGUGAAUUCAGUAUCGUUAACAAUUUGAUCAAUCUAACUCUCGUAAGACAAUCCGGUAAUCCUGCAGUGUUGACUAAAAUAAGUUUAGACUGGGGUGAUGGUAGCCCAUUUAUAACAGACGAUUUUCUCGACGGUAAUGUCUACAAUCAUGUUUACAAAACUCAGGGAGAUUUUGCUGUUACAGCUUUACUUACGAAUCCAAUCGAUCAAAAGGUUAUUACGACGCUAAUAAAAGCACGUUCAAAAAUUGAAAAUUUUGGCUGUCAAGUUUUACCAAAUCCAGUUGAAAAGGGGAAAUCAGCAAUAAUUUCAGUUUCAUACAAAGCAGCACAAAAUGUUAUCAUUAAUGCUUUGUUGAAUAACGGGACAGAUGUACGACAAUUCAGUCUACCUACACCUCAGGUAACAGUGAUCAAUUAUAGCUAUCCAGCAGACGGUUUGUAUUUUGAGACAAUACGGGCUGUAAACUUAGUCAGUAAUGAAACUUGCACAGUUGCUGUCGAUGUACGCAAUAAAAUAGAAAAUGUGAACAUUAAAUAUGGUGGCCAUGCCAUAUAUCCACCAGGAAUCGUUUCAUUUACCCUGACAUACACUGGCUUACCUGCCAUCUUUCCAACACUAGCCAAAUACGUGGUUGUAUGGGGUGAUACAAGUGCACCCACAGAAGGGAUGUUAACUUCAGCUAAUCAACCUGUAACAGUUACUCGUGCUUUAACUAGUCUGGGCUAUUUUCAAGCUUCUGUGACCUUGGACAAUAUUAUAAGCAAUAUGACACAAACUAUACAGAUUGGUGCAUUUGGCGUAUUUCAACAAGUCGAUCUACAAAUAACAGUGGCUUCAACAGGUGAUCCUGGUUAUGGAAUAGAAAAGAACUGCUAUCCUCUAGGAGUCCCACUGAAGUUUCAAGUAUACGCUGAUGGCAGACCAGACAAUGUGGCCAACGUCACAUACUCAAUCAUAGAUCGAAAUAAUAAUCUGACGUUAGAUUCAGCAACUGUUUGGAACAACUACUUUUUGUAUACAUUCAAACAGCUUGGAGAUUACACAGCCGUAGUUCUAGCUUCGAAUCCACUCAGCUCAAAGUCAGUCUCCAAAGGUAUCUCAAUAAAAACAUCACUACGUGGGCUGGAAGCUGUUCUUAUCGGUGGUGGAAUGUUGAAACCCAACGAACAAGGGUUAAUACGUAUUUCAUUUCAAGCCUACUCAGACGAUACAUGUAUCUGUGUGACAAAAAACGACGGCAUAGGUUCAGUUUACUAUCCACAAAUAAAAAAUCCAACAUCCACAUGCCCCUUGUGUCCUGCUUAUUUACGACUGGAGAAUAAACCAGUUAAUCUAACAUUUUGGUUAGGUGUUCAGUAUAGGUCAGAUGGACCUCAUUAUGUACAUAUCCAAGCUAUGAAUCCAACUAAAAUGGUUGAAGCUAAAGUAUACGUGCCAGUUACGUAUUCAGGCUGUCCACCACCUAAAUUAACCAUAGGUAACACAUCAUCACAAUCACCCAAUUAUCCAAUAAUAGCAGUCAGCAACACAGUUGUAAAUAUUGAAGCAAAUCUUACUGUCCCAGACUGUUUGAUGCUACAGGAAAAUCAAAAAUUGUGGACAUUGGAAUCUAUAGAUCCAGACACUGUUCAGCCAAUCCAGUCAGUAUCACUCAACGAAGAACUAAGUGCAAAAACAUUGAGAUUAGGUAUACCUGCUAAUUUUCUCAUAUCUGGAACAUAUAAAGCCACAUGUUUCGCUUAUGUGGCGCCGAAAGAUUCAGCAGUCGGAUAUAUUGUUUCAGCACAUACAUACCUAAUCCUGCUCCCUCCACCAUUAUUAAUCCAAUUUUAUGAUGGCAACCCAGUCAAUAAAACAAUCGGGUUAACUACUCAAGAAAUAUGUUUGAAACCAGAAGUUUAUUCUCUUGAUCCAGAAGUCAAGAACAGAAGUUCUCCACAGGGUAUCGGGUCUUGGAUAUGGUACUGCAGACAAAUCAAUGAAGAGCCGUCUGAAAAUUUGAUUUUACCUAAGCCUUUUGGAUAUCAAUACAAACUGGAUUAUACUGGUUGUUUUGGAGAUGGCCCAGGACGAAUUAAUACAAGCAAUGGUACACUAUGUUUUCCCACUGAAAACUUAAGAAUAAACACAACAUAUGAAUUCACAGUAAUCGGCAGUAAACCAAAUCGAGGCACUGGAAAAGCUGCAAUACAAAUAAUAACAGUAAACUAUACAACUCCAAUGUUUUCAGUAAAAUGCAGCAUCCCACAUUUGUGUCACGUUCUGGAGACAACAUCAAAUCAAACCAGUUGGUUUAUUUCUGAGUCUGAUGAUCUUUAUGUAACCGCAUUCACACAGUCUGGCAGUUUUGACCCAGGAGUGCAAUUCCAAUGGGAUAUUAAAGAGAUAAACUCAGUGGGAGAAACCUUUCCAUUUAAUCAAACUAAACAGGACAUGUACACAGAAGGUACUUUUACUUCCUCUUGGCAUAUUAAUAAGAACUAUUUUAUGAUUCGAUCAGCGAAUGUCACAGGAUGCAUUGUCUGUGCCACUUUAACUGGAAACAUGUACAAAGGAACAGUCUGUUUAAGAUUUAGCUAUCUACCAAAACCGAUGCCAGGAAUAUGCACAUAUAACCUUACAAAUGAAAUAAUGUGCGUAAACUGUAAAAAUUUCAGCAGUAUAGUGAGCAGACUGAGUUAUACAUUCUUCAUCAGGAAUUCGUCCUUCAAUUUGGUCCUUGCAAGUGGAAAUUCCCCUAGUGUUUGUUUCUAUGUGAUUUAUCUGAACCAGACAGCAGAUGCUUGUGUUUAUGUUUCUGACAGAUUUGGGGGUUCAGUAGAAGUAUGCUAUGGUGAAAUUAGUAUUCCAUCUAAGUCAAUGGAUGUUGUACGUAAUUCAGUAAUUUUACUUCAGUCAAACAACAGUUCUGCAAUGAACAGGCUCAUAGUUACUGGACAGUUAGCAGAAAGUUCAGCUCUGGUUGCAAGCUAUGCAACCAUGGUGAAAACAUUUGCUGACCUUCAAACUAGUGGAGCUAAUUCUUCAACAAAUAUUUCAGAUCUAAUCGCAGAUCGUAAUUCACGCUCACAGGUUGUUGCAAAGUUGGUCACCGCUAUUAGUAACUUCAUUCCUACUGAUUCUAAUUCAUUUAUUCUGUCGAUGUCAACUGCCUCAGUUUUACUGAGCAAUACGAUGGAUGUGGAUAGAACUUCACAGACAAAACUAACCACUUAUUUUAAGCAAGUCACGCAAACCUUCAAAACUAUUGCUUUUGAUAGCACUUAUCAGCUGGUGAAAAUGGCAAGUAUGGUAUUUGAAUCAACGUUUCGUUUGGCUAACGCUGCUAAUAAACAAAUCAGCAAUCCAGUUCCAAACGACAUACCUACAGUUCUUGCCUCACUUGAAUACAAUGUUGACCUUGAGAAAGAAGGUUUGAUAACUUCUGGUUUAGACCCUAUGCGUGAUUUAAUGUUGAAAAACAGUGCUGAUCGACAAUCUUUGUUGGCUGCUCAAGUAUCAGAUAUGUUAAGCAAUCUACUAAAGACAGUACAAGGUGUUUCAAAAAGCUUGCUAAUUGAAGGUGCAAACCCAGUUAUAUUUAAAACAACGGAAGGAGUUGUUAGCCAGUAUAAAAUCCCAUCGAACAACCUAUCAAAUACCAUUGCAAUACCAAUUGGGAUUGAUUCACAGAUUUUGGUGAACAAUUUGUGUACAAGUAUUCAAGCACUGAAUAACAGUUGCACAUUCGCAUAUGAUUUGCAAUCAUUCGUGUCAAACACAAACCUCUUCUCAUUUCGUACAGGCUCACCAAUACCAGUACCAUCAGAUACCCAAACAAUUUCUAUGAUUUUAUACGGUGGCGUUGAGCCACUUGUAAUUGCAAACGCUGUUGAAGUUUUCAGAGCCUUUAUUCGCAGGGCUGCAAGUCUUAAAUAUCAAAACUUCACAAGUAUGGACCCAAGUACUAAUCGACCUCGACUACCUCCUUUACGAAUAGCUGUAGACAAAACAGAAGUUUACCAGGCCCUUUUAGUUAGUCAUCAAGUUGUGCCGGAUGACGUUGCUGUAGUUUUCCAACUUUAUCCUGAAAAUAUCUCUGAAUGUCCUCAAUAUAUACUUUUUCUAAGACUCAUUAAUCCACCGAUUAUUUCAACAUCCUACGGAGGAUAUGACAUGUGGACAACACUGCCUAAGAAUACUUCAGAAUGUGAUGGCAUGUCCGCGAAUCCAAGUGAUUCAAACUAUAGAUAUACAUUUUUGUUGGAUAACCGACAACUAAUGAGGGUUAGAUCAUCAGUAAAGUACAAGGACAAUGCUGAAACAUUACAAAAGUCUGCAGCGCAAACAGUUUAUAUUGGCUUCCGCCAAUUGAACAAGGGAGAAGUUGAUUUUUACACUGAGACAAAUCCCCCAUCGAUUCCUUAUCUGUAUAGGGAUCAAAUAAAUAACACAGCACUAUCACGUUGGUUUUUAACAAAUUGUCUGUCCAGUCCACUAGGUUCAGCAACGCGGUGGUCUACAAAUAAAUGCAGAGUUGGCCCAAAGACUACUGUCCAACAAACUGAAUGCAUCUGUGAUGAAUUGUCUACAUUCACGGCUGGAUGGUUUGAAUUACCUAAUAACAUUGAUUUUGAUUAUGUAUUCGCUAAUAUCGAUUUCUCUAAGAAUCCUACUCUGUACGCGACGGAGAUUACAAUUUGUAUUAUAUUCUUCUUCUUAUUCAUUUGGGCACGUAGAAAAGACAACAGAGAUUUGGCGAAGAUUGGUGUUACUCCACUUGCCGAAAAUAAUCCAGACCAUGAAUACUUGUAUGAAAUCAUUGUCAGUACAGGAUUUCGUAAAUCUGCAGGUACCGACUCAAAAGUCUGCUUCAUCUUAUCUGGUCAAUAUGGUGAGACAGGUCUCCGCGUACUUCAAGAUCCCUACCGAAAAGUGUUGGCUCGUGGAAAUGUAGAUAGAUUUUUACUUGCUUGUCCACGGUCACUCGGACCACUAAUUUACAUUCGUUUGUGGCAUGAUAACUCUGGUGUAGGCGAUAAAGCAUCCUGGUAUUGCAAUUACGUUGGAGUGGUAGAUUUGCAGACGAGAGAGAAGUCACACUUCAUUGUUGAAAGUUGGUUUGCAGUUGAAGAAGGUGAUGGUCAAGUUGAUCGCCUUAUUCCAGUGACAAGUCAGGAAGAACUGUUGACUUUCAAGCACAUGUUCAGCAUUACAGCUUCUCGCAAUAUAUCUGAAGAUCAUUUGUGGGUUUCAAUUGUCGCCAGGCCACCUCAAAGUCGAUUCACAUGUGUGGAAAGAGUUGCUUGUUGUCUGCUAUUACUGUAUUUAUCAAUGCUGGGUUCAUGCAUGUUCUAUAAGGGUGAAGGAGCUGUAAAACAGCCGAAUUUGUUUAGUAUCGGACCAUUUGGAUUCACUGCUACUGAGCUUUAUGUUGCAAUUGUCAACAAUGUGCUGACAUUCAUCCCCUUAUUCUUAAUCAUGUAUAUAUUUCGUAACUCAAGCCUACGUGUCAGUCAUACAACUAAACUACUGGAUGUGAUCGAAGAACACUUGGACGAGAAAUUAUAUCUCGGCGAAGCUUCAUUCAUUUAUACCAACCACCUGGUUCCAUCCAAGAGAGGCAAACAGAAUGAUCCAGAAGCACCAAUUGAAAACACUGGAGAGGGAAUGUUUAAGAGAAAGGGUUCAGCUGUUUUUGUGGAUGGCAAAUCCGCAUACUUGCCUGGUUCACAACCAGUUAAGGUAUUGUUGUUGGCUAUGUUCUGCUCAUUUGCUUGCAAAUCACCUGACCGAUUGGAUCAGUUGCAGUUGCUCGAAGAAGAGGAUCGCCUGAUUCAAACGUUAGGCAAGCGUUAUCAGCUACAAAUGGAUGAGGAAUACUUGCAUAAGGACUACUUGCUCUCAGAUUUUCGCCCACAUCGUCUUGUAAUCUUGCCUCCAGAUCCAGCAGACUUGGCACGCGCGCGAGCUUAUAGGCUGAAACAACGGAAAGCUAGUGACGUCACUAGAGAAGUUGUACUUUACGUAGUAUUUCUCGUACUGCUGUUAGCAGUUAGUAUACAAUUUCGUGAUCCUAAUGCAUUCCUUUUAAAAUCCAGUCUACAGAAUUCAUUUUUCGCAGGUGAUUUUCAGAAGAUUCUUACUGUGGACGACUUCUAUAAAUGGUGUAAUGGGGUAUUAAUUCCUGGUCUACGUGUAGAUCGAUGGUAUAAUGGCAACCCACCAUUAUUCCAACGGGGAUUUUUGGCAGAUCGGGCUGAUCGAAUUAUUGGUUACGCAAUGAUGAGACAAGUGAGAACGAAACCAGAUUCAUGCAACGUACACAACUUAGCCAUGCAUCUAUUUAAACAUUGUUACGCGACUUAUGAUAUUUUUAAAGAAGAUAAAGCAGACUAUGGAAUAUCCUGGGUCGCUUUCCAAGGCAAUGAGAAAUCUAACAAUUCUGCACCAGAAUACGUCUAUCAAACUGCAUCGCAACUGAAAGGUUAUCCAUACUUGGGACUAAUCACUUGGUAUUCAGGUGGUGGGUAUGUUCACUUGUUAAGAGGUACAAAAGAAGAAAUGCUAGCCAAACUGAGUAAAUUAAAAGAAAUGCAUUGGAUUGAAUUUUCCACACGAGCCGUCAUUAUACAGUUCACGGCUUAUAAUCCUAAUAUCAAUUUAUUUGCGAUUGUAACUGUUUUGAUUGAAAUGCCUGGCACUGGUUCGUUAAUACCAACAUAUCGUAUUGAAACAGCCAACUUAUUCGGAGCAAGUGGAUCGGAAACUAAAACUGCACAGUUAACACUCCAGGGCUUGUAUGUGUUCAUUCUGUUUUGUUAUCUGAUAAAAGAAUUGAGAAAUAUAUACAAACAACGAUUGGGAUAUUUCAUGAAAUUUUGGAAUUUCAUUGAAUUAUUCAUAAUAUUUGGCUCAGUAGCUGCCAUAGCUGCAUACAUUUAUAUGAUUUUGAGCACGCAGUCAGCUGUCGAGGAGUUUUCACGCACAAAUGGCAAUGUAUUUAUGAACUUUCAAUUACUGGCCUAUUGGAAUGAAAAUUUAACCUACUUAACAGCUGUAAUCUGCUUUUUCGCGAUGUUAAAGCUUGUGUAUCUGUUUCGCUUUAACCGGAGGGUUGGUCUGCUUGGCUCUGUUCUAAGGUAUGCAGCGAAAGACUUGAAGUAUUUCUGUUUCAUCUUUCUAGUCAUCUUUUCCUCAUUUGUACUAGUCUUCUAUCUUUUAUACACCGAUACACUUGAUGGUUUUAGAACAAUUUUAAAUGCUGUAGAAACAAGUAUGCAGAUUAUUCUCGGGAAAUUCGACUUCACUAGUAUGUAUGAAAGAGAGAUGGUACUGGGUCCAUUAUUAUUUGCUGCUUUCUCUUUAUGCGUUGUAUUUGUUAUGGUUAGUAUGUUCAUUGCUAUAUUGGAUGAAAGCUUUCACAAGGUCCUUCAAGAUUUGAGUCUACAAUCAGAUGACCAUGAAAUCACACAGUUUAUAGCAGCUCAGUUUAUAAUGUGGAUUGGUUUACAUAAAACAGCAUGGGGUAAAAAGUUUUUGAUCACUACUGCAACACACCAACAAGAACAGAUCUAUGAUCCAGAUGCAGACCCUGCGAAGAAUGUCAUUCAGUUAAAGUCAUUAAUGGAUGAAUUGUUGGAAUACGUUCAACAAAACCACAUCUCUGAAGAAACAAAAUCAAACGACUCGAAGCCAUGA